UGCGAGUUUUGUGUGCCAAAUUGUGGCAAACAAUCACGCCCACAAGUGCGUGAGGCGCGCGCGUCGUGCAUCCGGACCGCCGCGGCGCCGGGGGGCUGCCCGCACGCGGUUUGGGGAAGAUGGCCAGCUGACAGGGCCAGGCAUGCCCGCCCCCUAAACCUAUGCACAAAGCCCUGAAGCUCAAGCGCGUCGCCGACGCCCUCGCGGCGGCCGGCGGCGGCUGGCUGCCCUUGACUUUAAAAGCGUGGCGCAAGUACGUGAGGCGCAAGCGCGGCAAGGAGAACAAGCCGCCCGCCCUACCGCCGCCGCCGCCCGUCGCAGAACCGCCGGUCCUGGACACUUGUGCAAAACUCCAACCGCCGUCGCCGCCCCUCUGCCAGACGUACGCGGCGCCGCCCGUCCCGCCGCCGCGGCGCCGCCCGCUGCGCGGCGCGUUGAGAGAAGAGGCCGUCCAGCUCGCCGCGCUCUUGGAGCGGCGCCGCGCGGCGUCGGCCACCUACCUCCUGGAGCAGCACCAAUCGAAAGCCACGCGGCGCCGCCUGACCGCGCGGCCCAAACCCAUUCAGUCAAAACGGUUCGGCUGGCUCAAGAUGCAGGGCGCCCGUUCUCCCGCGGACAAGACGGCGCAGCAGGCGCUCAAGAUCUUUCCCGCCUUGCGGUGCCUCGAGGUCGCGUCCGGUGCGCGCGCGGCGUCCGUCAUUCGACGGCGUGGAGGUGGCGCGUACGUGUCCCCCACCCGCACGCCAUCGCCGCGACCGCGUCUUCGCUCGACGCGUCGACGGCGCGGAGAGGAUACGACGUCGAAAGCGUCGACAUGGCGUGACGAUCACCUCACACAGGCGUCGCCUCGAACCUCUUCGACCGCUUCGCGACAGCAGUACUAGUAGUAGAGUUCUACCUGACGGACGACCUGCCGCGGGUCAUGGAGCCUCCUGUGGCCGUGGACCCCUGAUGCCCGGUGCGCGGCGGCCGCUCCAUGAAUUUAUUGAAUGACUUCGCGGCCAAGUAUAGACAGGGCGACGUAGCACUACCAGCAAAUUGCGUCACCUUCGCCGCAAUUUGCGUCGACGACAACCCGAAGCGAUGCCGCGUCAACGCUCAACGCAAGUGGCCCCACCUCGCCCACUUCUGGGUCGAGGCCGCGCAGAUCGCAAAGUGCCGCGUCGCCUUCGUGCCCAACCGCUGCGUCGUGCGGUGCGCUGAUCGUUCAGUGGUCAAGUGGUGGGACGGCUCGCACGGGAACGUCCUGCGGGGGCCGCACGGCGCGUCGCGCGCGAACGGGUCCCAGUCUCUGGCUCGAGCCAUCGCCGACGCCCUCGCUUGAAGUGUGAAUAUGCGCUACAUGACGGCCCGCGUCUCAACUCGGGACGCGGGCCCGACCGCGCAGUGCCGCUUUGGGCGACUUAUCGUUAACUAUGUCGUUUUUAUA